AUGUUUGAUUUGGAUGGCCAUCGGAAAGCCCUCAAGAGAGCUGUAAAAGGUGUUAGGAAGCACCAAGAUCUUGAAGUCGAUGCUAGGAUUAAGAUGUGGAAUAAUGGGACUAAAACUGAGCAACAAGAUAUUCUUGACGUUCUUAUUAAGCUCAAGGAUAUUGAUGGAAGUCCAUUAUUGACACCCGAAGAGAUUAAAGCAGAAAUUCUUGAACUAAUGAUAGGAACUUUGGACAAUCCAUCAAAUGCCGCGGAAUGGGUAUUAGCAGAAAUGCUAAACCAGCCUGAGAUACUCCGAAAAGCCACGGAAGAACUAGACAAUGUUGUAGGAAGGGAAAGACUAGUACAAGAAUUUGAUCUUUCAAGGCUGAACUACCUCAACGCAUGUAUAAGGGAAGCGUUUCGCCUUCAUCCAUUUGGGGAUUUUGUUCCUCCACACCUAUGUACUUCCGACACAACUGUUUCCAAUUAUUUCAUACCCAAGGGUAGUCAUGUCAUAAUAAGCCGUCCUGGGUUGGGGCGGAACCCUAGGGUCUGGGAGGAGCCCCUCAAGUUCAAGCCGGAGCGCCACCUGAAGAAUGAUGGGUCUGAAGUGAGCUUUGUUGACCCGGAGUUGAGAAUUUUAUCGUUUAGUUCUGGAAGACGAGGAUGUCCGGGCAUUCAACUAGGUUCUUUGGUUAGUAGCAUGUUGCUGGCUAGGCUUGUGCAAGGGUUUGAUUGGGUGCAGUGUGGAAGAAUUGAGUUAAGGGAGUCGAAACAUAGUCUCCUUCUGGCACACCCUCUCCAUGCACUUGCAAAACCAAGGUUGCCUCACUACAUCUACUCAUCUUUGGAUUAAAUUAUAUGUAUUAUUUUGGGUCAGGAGGGAAACCUGUAAUCAUUAUCCGAAAGUAUGUAUCGGAUAAGUCUCACUUUAUAUUCCUAGUCAACAAAGAACUAUAAAAAGAUAAAUCAAUCUAGGUUGCUCAUAAAAUUAUAUGUACUAUUAAUAAUAAUUAAAGAUGAUGGAUGUGAUGCAUGUAAACUUGAUCUCUAAUUGGUUAUACUCUUUCGUAAUAUGAAUAUG